GGGGACGGCACGACCGUCGCCCGGCACACGCACCAGGCCCCGGUGCCGACACACGCGCCGGCCGUGUCCUCCUCCUUCAACCAGCCCCCCUCGUCGGCCACCAUUGUGCCGCCAUCGGCGCUCGCUCGCGCCACCGCUGUCGCUAACAGCACCCCUGCCUCCCCGUCGACCGCCGCCACCGCGAACAGCCGGCCGCCUCACCUCGCCCUGAGCCGCGUCGCUCUCCAGUCGGCGGGGUACACCUCCGAGCCAAGCUCCCCCCUAUCGCCUCUAGCGCGGACUUCGUCGGUCGGCUCCCUCGGGCUGACCCUCUCGCCAUCCACCCCGAUGGAGCACCAGUACCAGCUUCAGCAGCAGCCAAGUGCCGGCCACCCUGGCGAUCCGUCCGGGGCGCCGCCCUUCGCACCGGGAGCCCCUUUCCUGGAUCCGUCACUUGUCUCGCCACCGCCGCCGCCUUUGGACCCGGGGCAUUUCGAUCCCGAGGCCCUGUCCCUGCAGUUCCAUGGCCCACCCAACCCGUUCUACAUUUCGGCGCGGCAUCUGAACUCCGCCGAGCCGGACUACUCGGCCUCCAAGCAUCUGGACAACUGGCGCCUGCGCGAGCGCAUUCGCACGGCCGGCGCGGCGCUUGUGGUCUGCCUAAACAUCGGCGUUGACCCGCCGGAUGUCCUCCGGACGACCCCCUGCGCGCGUCUCCAGUGCUGGACCGAUCCCUUCGAUGCAACCCCCCCGAAGGCUCUCGAGAAGAUUGGCAAGGCACUGAAUCUGCAGUAUGAGCGCCUCCAGCCCAAGGCCAAAUACAAGCUCUGCAUGGACUCGACGAUUGAGGAUGUCCGCAAAGUGUGCCUCCAACUGCGCAAGGGCUUCCGCGAGGAUCGACUCCUUUUCCACUACAACGGCCAUGGCGUGCCGCGGCCGACGCAAAAUGGCGAGCUCUGGGUAUACAAUCGGGACUUCACCCAGUACAUUCCGGUGUCCCUGUAUGACAUCCAAACGUGGCUUUGCGGCCCAGGGCCGGCAUCCAGCAGCGCUAGUUCCUCUUCCGGGUCCGGAUCGUUGAAAGGCUCUUCGCAGGGCUCCGGUCUGGCGCCUGGCGGUGGCCCGGCCAUCUGCGUCUAUGACUGCCCGGCGGCUGGCUAUGCCCUGACCGCGUGGGAUAACUUCGCCGCGCAACGCGAGCGUGAGUGGGAGAACUGGCAGUCGCAGCAAUCCGCUUCCUCCUCCCUGCUUCCCCCGCCGAAUCUGCCGGUCCCCGUGCGCGAUAGCCUCCAACUGGCGGCCUGUGCCUUCAACGAGUUCCUCCCCACUCAUCCGGACUUGCCGGCCGAUCUGUUCACCAGUUGCUUGACCACUCCGGUGGAGAUGGCCGUUCGUUUCCAUGUCCUGCAAAGUGAAACCAGUUCGCCGAUUCGUGGCCGGCGCUGGCCCAUCGAUGUGGUCAACCGAAUCCCCGGCCGCCUCACCGAGCGCAAAACCCCCCUCGGCGAGCUGUCUUGGAUCUUGACCUCGAUCACCGACACCAUUGCCUGGACCACCUUCCCGCGGGUUCUCUACCAACGCCUGUACCGCCAGGACUUGCUCGUGGCAGCCCUCUUCCGGAAUUACCUGCUGGCUGAGCGCGUCAUGCGGGCGUACGGCUGCACGCCGAUGACCUCGCCAGCCCUGCCGCUGACCUUCCAGCAUCCGCUGUGGCGGUCGUGGGAUCUGGUGCUGGAUCAGCUCCUGUCACAGCUGAACCUGGCCCCCCCCUCGCCGAGCACCAGCCUGGUUUGCUCGUCCUCCUACUCGGCCAUUCCAAUUCCGCCGCACCUAUCUUCCGGGCCGGUGGCCACCAUCGACAAUUAUGUGCCGAGCGAUUUCUUCGCCAACCAACUGUCUGCCUUCGAGGUGUGGCUGUCGCUCGGCAGUGACCGACGCCGGCCUCCGGAGCAAUUGCCCAUCCUUCUGCAGGUCCUCCUGUCACCGGUGCAUCGGCUUCGGGCAUUGCAAUUGCUGGCGCAGUUCCUGGACGUCGGACCGUGGGCCAUCAACCUGGCCCUGUCGGUGGGCCUGUUCCCGUAUGUGAGCAAGCUUCUGCAGUCCUCGGUUCCGGCGGCCAUUCAGUCGGUCUUGAUGCACAUCUGGACCAAGCUCAUUGCCAUCGACAGUGCAUGCAAAUUGGACAUGCUUAAGGACAAUGUCUUCCGGCCCUUCCUGCUGGUCCUGUGUUCCGGGCCGUCGCCCUCUUCCGGGGCCACGGGCUCGGACUCCGGGCCACCUCGCACGCGCGAGCGCGUCGAGGCUGCCUUCGUCCUGGCCUCCGUGUCGCAUGACCACACAUCCGGCCAGCAGGCCCUCUUGCAGCUGGGCGUGGUUGCCAAUUGCCUGCAUCUGCUUGAUGAGCAGUGGUACUCUCGGCCGAUGCCGGUGAUCCGGUCCCGGCGUGCCUCCACCCCCGGGGCCGGGGGGCUGCUCGUGCCAGCGGGCCCAAGCUGGCCUGGCGCCGCUCGUGGGGGGACCUUGUCCACGCCGACGCCCUCGCCUCCGGGGUCGGCCGCAGCCGCGGCGGCGGCCGUCCUCGCCGUCAGCGGGGCCCCGGGGCUGCCGCUGCUGGCCGGGUCGCCAGUUUCCACGGACACAUAUGUCCGUGCUUCUGCCAGUGGCCCGGGCGUGUCGGGGCUGGGAAGCCCGAUGGCCACCGGCGGGCCGAUGUCCCUUGCCUCGGGACUUGGCUACUCGGGCUUCCCGGUGGUGGGGUUGCCCCCGGCCGGGGUCGCUGGCGGGGGGCUGCCUCCGGGCGGCGGCAUGCAUGAGCCGCCGGAUGUCUUCUCCACCGAGGGCCUCGGUGUGGGGUACUGCGAUGAGGACGAGUGGUGCAGCCAUGAUGCCGGGGCCGCGGACAACACGCGUUUCCGCCUCUGGCUGACCCUUUGCUUGGCGGAGAUUUGGCGCCGGCACCAGGCCGCCCAGUGGGCCGCCAUUCGGGACAAUGCCCAUGACAAGCUCAAGCGCCUGCUGUUGUAUAGCAGUCUCGGACCUGGGGCCGGUGGCUCCGGGGCCGGUGGGUACCACCGGGCGACGGUUGGCGGCGGCGCCGGUGGCCCUGGCGGCCUUGGUGGGGUUGGCCCCGGUCCGGGGGGUGCCCCGGCGCAUGGCCAUCCGCCGACCGUGCCGGCCGAGCCGUCGCCGACCGUGCGCGCCGCGGCUGCCUACGCUCUUGGGUGUUUGAUUUUGGGCCUCGAGCGGACGGACCAUGUUGCCCAGAUUGAGACCCAAGUGGCCACGGCCCUGCUGCCGGCGGCCUGCUACGACUCGAGCCCGGUCGUCCGCCGGGAGGUGGUCAUCGCCCUGAGCGUCUUCGUGGUGCAGAACGAGCGCACCAUGGUUUCUUCGGCCAAGGCAUCCCUCGACCAUCAGGCCAUCUGCUCGGCUGGCACUCUGGCGGCCCAGUCGGCGGUGUCCACCUCCGGGGGCAUCUACGCCAGCGUGUGGGAGCAACUGUUGAUUCUCAGUUGUGAUCCCUUCCCCGCGGUGGCGUACCUGGCCCAGGUGGUGGUGGACUUCAUCCUGACGAAAGCACGCAUCCCGCCGUCUGGCGGGUCGACGGGUGAUUUGACUUCCGCCGGCGCGUGGGAGCCCGGGCGCGGAUCGGUCACCGGUGGUGCGGCCGGGCGGGCGUCCAUCUCCGGCGGUGGCCCCGGCGGGGCCGCCGCCGCCGCCGCCGCCGCCGCCUCUGCCAGUGCUGCUUCUGGUGCUUCUGCCGCGGCCGGGGGGCCUGGUGCCGCCGUCGGGCCGUCGUCCGGCACCAGCCAGACUGGCUCUGGCGGGUCCUCCUCCGGCAGCAGCACCACCGGUUCUCGGCCCUCGUCGACCUUCGGUUUGAGCUCCACCAGCGCGGUGAUGCGUUUCAUGGGUCUCGGUGGCCGGACCCCAGCCGACCAAGGCGACCGGCCUUCGGGGUCCGGGUCCGGUGGGCGGCCCGGUCAUGCGGGGGCUUCCGGCUCCUCGGGCAUUUCCUCCGGGCCGGACGCCGGUUCCGGCGACCUGGGCACGCCGCAGGUGACCCAUCGCCGGCGGCUGGAGCACUCGCCGCUUCCUCUGACUUCACACUUUUUUGACUGGUGUUCCGAGAUGUUCACCACCGGGCCGGAGCGCCGCGACACCCGUAAGCCGAAUGGCCCGUCGGCGGUUGCGCUGCAAUGGCGUCGCCAGCGGCACCUGCGACUGUCGGUCACCCUGCGCGGGAUGUAUCCUCCACCGCCGGUGUGGAGUUUGCCCCCUGCGGCACGUGUGCCACGCCCUGUCGGGCCUUCUUCCGGGUCGCCCUCCUCGUUGGACCGCCUGUCGCUGCAGGGGAUGGCGCUGUCGGCAUCGGCCUCCACCGAGGCGCUUCACUCGACCGGGUCGCUGGAUUCCCCGGGACUCGGGUUUGGUUUGCCGGCGUCGGCCCCGGUGGCUGGCGGAUCGCCGGGGCUCGCCGGGUUGCCCCUGACCCCGGCCGGGGCGCCUCUACUUGGCAGUCCUCCCGGUGCGCGGGCUCUGCUUCUCCCGCCGCCGGUGAUCCUGCCCCCGGCGCACCCGACCGGCAUCUUUUCCGCUGGGUCGAGCUCUUCCGGCGGCGUGGGCGGCCCGGGCGGUGGUCCUGGCGACAAGGCCGGCUCGGGCGGCGGUCGGCCCUCGUCCACGGGCGACGGUGGCACGCUGCCCCGGCAGCGUAGGCGCGAUCGCCGGACCAGUGGCCCAUCUGGCGGUGGCCCAGGUGGCUCCGGUGGCCCGGGCGGGGAUGGCACCCUCGGGUCCGAGGAUGAGCGUUCCCGCUGGCGCCUCGAAGACCAAGUGGCCAUGCUGGACAACAACUCGGGCCUGCUGCCUGGGCACUCGUCCAAUGUUUACAACCUCUCUCACACCGGGGUGGCCACCUUGACGGCGGCCAUUUCCGGGCCGAUGUCCGACUCGAUGUCAUUCUCCAGCCCCGGCGCCCCGGGGACCGGGCAUCUGGCGCAUGGGUCGGCGCACGGCGGGCUGAAUGCUUCGUCCGGCGGUCCGAGCGGCUUUGUCAGUCAGCUCCUCUGGCACUCGGUGGAGUCGCAGCUGGUGGCGGCCGACGAGCAUGGAUGCAUCAGUGUCUGGGACAUGAACAGCAACACCAAGUCCAACCUGUUUGUCAACCACUCGUCCCUGGCGAUGCCACACUACUCCGGCCUGUCACGGCCGGUGCACAAUACGCAGCCUGUCUGCGAUGCCUUCGCCUCGCUGAUGCCGGCCUGUUUCAACCCCUCGUCAACCUCUCGGCGUCGAGUGACCGCGCUGAGCUUCAUGAAUGAGCUGGACGAUGCCAACACCCUGCUGAUGACCGGAUCUUCGGAUGGUGUUGUCAAGAUCUUUGCCGAUUACGCCAAUCCGCGCAAUGUCCGGUGUAUCUCGGCCUGGCGUGCGCUCAGCGACAUCUCGCCUCAUUCGAGCAAUAAUAAUUCCACCUCGGAUCUGGUCUUCGACUGGCAGCAAUCGACCGGACUGUUGAAUGUGGCCGGCAAUUCGUCAUCCAUCCGGGUAUGGGACGCCGCGCCGGCGUCGGCCGCGGCGGCAGCCUCGGCCCCUCCGCGCGUGGCGGCCUCCUCCAUCACUUCGGACCCGAAUCAGCCCCACUCGCUGGUGGUCGGCUUCGCCGAUGGCUCGGUGCGGAUAUUCGACCGGCGCUGUCCCUCACGGUCGGCGCUCAUCCGCGAGCUGGGCCGGGCGCACAAUGGCUACGUCGUCACCACCCAUGUGCCUCGGGUGUCCAACUGGGGCUUCGGCUCAGUGCACCAUCUGGUCACCGGCAGCAAUGACGGCAUUGUCAAUGUGUGGGACCUGCGAGUGGCCAAUGACGGCAUUGUCAAUGUGUGGGACCUGCGAGUGGCUGGCGGGGGCGGGCUGACCGCACUGACGGUGCACGACCGCGCGCCGCUGCUUGCCUGUGGCUACGAGCAGCAGUACAUCCAGGUCUUCACGCCGGACAGUCAGUCGGUGGGAUCCAUUCGGUACCACCUGGGCUUCCUUGGCCAGCGUCUGGCGCCGGUCAGUUGUCUGGCCUUCCACCCGGUGCACAUGACUUUGGCCGCCGGCUUCAUCGACUCCAUCAUCAGUGUCUACUCGCCGAGGACGUGA